AUGGAAUAUUUGCAUCGAUGCUUAAGGAAGUUGCAGUGUAACCCUCAAUUUAGAUUCCACCCGAAGUGUGCCAAAUUGGGAAUCACCAAUAUUUGCUUUGCUGACGACCUAAUUCUAUUUGCAAGGGGAGACACUGUUUCGGUCCAGCUCAUUAUGCAGGCAGUAAAAGGAUUCUCUCAAGCAACAGGCUUGAAAGCAAACCCUCUGAAGUGUAAGGUUUUCUUUGGGGGAGUUAAACCUGAUGAUCAAACUGAUAUUUUAAAUAUUACUGGCUUUACUGCAGGUUCCUUUCCGUUUAAGUAUCUUGGUGUCCCAAUCACCAGUAGGAAGCUCCAUAUUGCUUUGUACCAACCCCUUAUUGACAGGAUUGUCCACAGGAUACAGAAUUGGACUGCUAGCUUCCUGAGUUAUGCGGGCAGAAGACAACUCAUCCAAAGUGUGUUGAAUGCCAUGACCUCCUACUGGAUGCAAAUUUAUCCAAUGCCAAAGAAGGUGAUACAUCACAUUUGUGCAAUCUGCAGGAGUUUUCUAUGGAACAGUAGGGAUGGAAUCAAUAGGAAAUCUCCCAUUGCUUGGGAAUCAGUUUGUGAACCUAGGAAAGCUGGAGGGUUGAACUUGGUGGACCUACACUGCUGGAAUAAAGCAACUAUCAUAAAACUCUUAUGGAAUCUUCAGGCAAAAGAUGACAAAUUGUGGGUCAUGUGGAUGCAUAUUUACUAUCUGAAGGGACAGCCAAUUAACUCGUGGAGAAUACCAACCAACUGUUCGUGGAUUAUGAAGAAAAUGAUGAGCUAUAGGGAAGAUAUGACUAACAGUACCUAUUGGAGUAACUCUCUGCAGGCUGGGAGGUAUAUUACCAGAUGCAUGUACAGGGAGCUCAGGGGUGAGAAGGAUCCUACCCCAUGGUACAAAUUCUUUUACCAGAAUGCGGCGAAGCCUCGAGCUAGAUUCAUCAUGUGGAUUGCACUUUGGGACAGGUUGCCUACAAAAAGUAGACUAGCCCGGUUUGGCAUUAUAACGAACGUUGAAUACAUGUUCUGCAGGAUGGAGGAUACACAAGAACAUCUCAUGUUUGAUUGUGGGGUCACAAGGAACAUUUGGCGGUUGAUUUUGCAGUGGAUUGGUGUAAACAGAAUUCCAACUGGCUGGCAGAAUGAGAAACAAUGGCUAUGUGAGGAAACUUCUAGAAAAGGAUGGAAAAGAAUGCUACUUAAGGUGGUUGCGGCUGAAACAGUCUAUGCCAUAUGGGAGCUACGAAACGCAAUUAUUUUCAAGGGCCACAAGGUGGAUGAUGAACUCCCAGAGAGAAUUCGCACAAACAUUGCGACUAGAUGCAAUGGUGUCCCUAAGCUUAAGAAUCAUGUUAGCUUAGAAGACCUUAGCAUUAGGUAA